ACGCGACCACCUAAUAUUACCACCACACCAUUUCAUUUCAUUUCUUCACCUCCCUUUAUUCUCUCUGCCUUUUGCUCACAACAUGAGUGGCCGACGCCUCUCACUUUGCUGCUGAUUUCCGGCGGCGGCAGCGGCGGCGGCGUCCGGCGAUGGAGCUUUGACGUCUGCUUCUCCUCGAUUGAGUUCGGUAGCGGCGGGGCAUGUCAUGUCAUGUAUUUGCUUUGUCGUGAAUUCCAAUGUCCAGAGUGUCGGUCACUGCCGUUGUUUCUUCCGCUUCCUCUUCCUCCUCCGUUCACUUCAACCCCUACCAGCAAGAUGUUUUAUGGCAAAUGAACAUGAGAUCAGUGGAGCAAAUGGACUCUGGACCUUAUCCUGUGCGUGACGGUGAACCAGAUUGUUCUUACUAUAUUCGAACAGGCCUCUGCAGAUUUGGGAGUACGUGCCGCUUUAAUCACCCUCCCAACCGGAAACUGGCCAUUGCCACAGCAAGAAUGAAAGGUGAAUAUCCUGAGAGAAUAGGACAACCUGAAUGUCAGUAUUACUUGAAAACAGGAACCUGCAAAUUUGGAGCCACAUGCAAAUUUCAUCAUCCUAGAGACAAAGCUGGGAUUGCUGGAAGAGUCGAAUUAAAUGUUUUGGGUUAUCCACUUCGCCCGAAUGAGUUAGAAUGUGCUUACUAUAUGAAAAAUGGGCUAUGCAAAUUUGGGAGCACUUGUAAAUUCCACCACCCUCAGCCAUCUAAUAUGAUGGUCUCUUUACGCGGUUCUGCUGUAUAUCCUACUAUUCAUUCUCCAACAACUGGUCAGCUCUCAUAUCCACUGUCAAGAGCUUCUUUUAUCCCCAGUCCACGGUGGCAAAAUCCUUCAAAUUAUGCACCUCUGGUUAUGCAGCAGGGAGUGGUAACUCUCCCAGGAUGGAACUCCUACAGUGGUCAACUUCUAUCUUCAGAAAACCAACAUGCUACCACAGGAAACAACCAGAAUGAUGGUACAUCACAGCAGGGUGAAGCUGGAAAUGUAGGAUCUCAAUUUCAUUCUGGUUCUGUUCCAAUGGGAUAUUAUGCAUUUCAGAGAGAAAAUGUGUUUCCUGAGAGACCAGGUCAACCUGAAUGCCAGUUCUACAUGAAAACCGGGGACUGCAAAUUUGGUGCAGUAUGUAAAUUCCACCAUCCUAGAGAAAGACUUAUCCCUGUUCCCGACUGUCCCUUGAGUCCACUCGGACUUCCUUUACGCCCGGGGGAGCCUAUGUGUGUAUUCUACUCGAGAUAUGGGAUCUGCAAGUUUGGUCCAAGCUGCAAGUUUGACCACCCAAUGGAUGUUUUUGGAUACAAUACUGCUGCUUCCACAUCGACCGACUCUCCAGCUGUUCGUCGUUAUUUGGCAUCACCGGCAGGAACUGUUGCUCUUGGUUUUUCUACUGAAGGGCUGGUGGAAGCAGGCUCCACAAACAACAGACGUAUCUCUUUGUCAGAUGCUCGGCAGAGACACUCGGGUGAUAGUAACAUUGAGUCAGAGUGAUAAAAUUUUCUGCGAAAUGCUAUUUUAAGUUAUUGCCUUUUCUGGUCUUUCGGAAGAUAAAUAAAAUAACAGCUUCCUGUAAAUUUAUUUUCAUGGCUGGAGAUGUACAGAAUUCAUUUCCAACAUAAUCUGCUCUUCUAAAGAUGCAGUUCAGUUGACUAGAUUGACCUUUUGUCAAAUCUGCUGUGUUGUAUGAAUCUGUCUUGUCUUGUUGUCACCGUUGUUAACACCAAUAAUUAAUCUUUUUCUGA